AUGCCUUCUCGCAAGGGGACGUCCCGUGCAUGCGACGCUUGCUCAGUGCGAAAGAUUCGGUGUGACGGCAGCCAACCAUGUUCCCGCUGUAUUUCAGCGUCAUGGAACUGCACGUAUCUGAAGACUCACAAGAAAUCGGGGCCAAAGGGCCCAAGGGGGCAUACUGCGGCCAAGAUACAUAGUAUUCAGAACUCGUCACGUGCUACGAGCGCCAGUCCCGUUGAAGCUCCUACGAGUGCUGGGUUUGACAGCUCUUUCCCCUCGAAUGUCGAGCCGAUUGAUAGCUCUUUGCCACCAGAGAGUGUCUCUUCUAGAUCGGAGUCCCAACUUACCUUUGAGGAAUAUGGAUACCUCAAAGCACCACCGAUUCCGUCACUGGAAGACCUUCCUCAAGCAUCAUCUCGAGUGUCUAUAUCAACUCUCUCCCGCUACCUGGAAAUCUACCAGUCACGAGCUUACGGGAUUUGGCCGGUCGUAGAUACCGAGUCACUGAUCGCUCGCCUCCUCACGCAUCAAAACGACAUGGAAGCCUAUACCCUCGCAUGCGCCGUCUGUGCGGCUACUAUCACCCAGUUCCAAUACGACGACAGUGUCGAUCUAUCUACAGCAGCUGGAUAUCCUCCUAUGUCGGGUGGUCACUUUGAAUCUGAGGCCAAACGGGCGAGGUUCUCAUACGACUAUCAGGAACACCCUACCCCAUCAACGCUGCUGGGCUGCUUCUUCCUUCAUGUGUACUCUGCGAACAUCGGGCGGAUGUCGAGCUCGACAUUGUUUUUGACUGAAGCGAUUACUAUGGCGCAUAUGGUUGGCUUGCACAAGCCUACGUACUAUGAGAGUCUUGAGCCGGAGCAGCAGCAGUACUUGUUGAGGAUAUAUUGGCUUUUGUUUAUCACUGAAAGAGCCCACUCAAUCCAACACGACGUCCCCAUAACUCUCGAACGCGCCUCCGACCUCCCACCCCUCGAGCACACAACCGACGGCACCAUCUCAGCCACCUUCAUCCGCCUCUGCCACCUCUUCCACAUCCUCGACGAGACCAUCCGCGCCGACUCCGCCGUCUCCCGCCUCGCCGUCUCCCGCGCCCAACGCCGCCUCAGCCAAGAACUCCUCGCCGGCCUACCCCCCGGCAACGAGAUCCAGCGCGCAGAUAUCUCCAUGACGCAGCAAUGGAUGCGGAUCUACCUCUGGCAGCAUGCUUUAGCUGUCACAAAUCUGCAUACCGCAGACGAGAACGACGAGUUCUCCUUCUCCUUCCCAGCCAAGAUCGCAAAGAGCGUGCUAGCGCAAGCCGCGAAUCUGUCGCGGGAGAGCUUGGAAGCGCAUGGGCCUGGGAUGGAAACCAAACUCUUCGACAUCACCAACACCCUCGCCGACGUCAUGAUCUGCGUGCCCAACCUCAGCCUCUCCCCGACCUCCAGCUCUUCCUCACCCCCCGCCUUCCCCUUCCCUCCCCCGCACGCAAACUACGCUUCUUCAAACUCUACGGCCAACUCGCUCACGCUCGGCCCACGCGACCUGGUUGCGUCGCUCACGUCGCUGCUGGCGUCUUUCCGUGGCGGGAAUCCCGCGCUGUUGUCGAUUUUGCAGGAUAAGCUGACGACGCUUGGCUUGGCGGUUACGUCGCCGCAGACGGUGAGGGAACUGAGCUCGGGGAGUGAGGAGGAGGAGGAGUGGUAUACGUGUGCGAGGAGGGGGGCGGCGCAGGAAAGGCAGGAUGGGGCAACGCUUUUUGGGGGGUUUGGAGGGUUUGGGGAGAGUGCUGGGGGGAUGGUGUGA